GAUCGAUUACCUAUUAUCUCCAUACCCUACUUCACUUCUGUCUUUUUCUCUCCUUUCUUUCGCAACCCGACUUCUCUUUUGAUAAGUCCUUGACUUUUUACAUUCACUUGGGACUUGAGAAAUCCAACAGGUUCACGAGGCAACAAACAUUUCUUUCUGCGCCCAGUUCAUCGAAAGAAAAGUACCCUAUCUCGAAGUACAUCACAGGGGGGCCACGAUGUACCUCCGAGGGGCAGCACUCGUGCUGCUGCUCAUAUGCCUCGUCCAGCUGGCCCUCUGCGCCGAGGACUACUACAAUCUCCUAGGCAUCAGCAAGAAGGCCUCAGAUCGUGAGAUCAAAUCAGCCUAUCGCAAGCUGAGCAAGAAAUACCACCCCGACAAGAACCCAGGCGACGAUAGCGCAAAGGACAAGUUCGUCGAAGUCUCCGAGGCCUACGAAGCCCUCAUCGACCCCGAAACCCGCAAAAUCUACGACCAAUACGGCCACGAGGGCCUAAAGCAACAGCAGCAAAACGGCGGCGGCCACCGCCACGACCCCUUUGACGUCUUCUCCCGCUUCUUUGGCGGCGGCGGCCACUUUGGCGGCCACGGCCAGCGCCGCGGCCAAGACGUAAACGUCCGCAUCGGCAUCUCCCUCCGCGACUUCUACAACGGCAUCAACACGGAGUUCCAGUGGGACAAGCAGCACAUUUGCGAAGACUGCGACGGCACCGGCUCCGCCGACGGCAAGGUAGACACCUGCGGCGUCUGCGGCGGCCGCGGCGUGCGCAUCGUCAAGCACCAGCUCGCCCCCGGCAUGUUCCAGCAGGUCCAGAUGCAGUGCGACGCCUGCGGCGGACGGGGCCAGGAGAUCAAGCACAAGUGCCACACCUGCGGCGGCGCGCGCGUCGUGCGCAAGCCCACGACCGUCCAGCUCACCGUCGCCCGCGGCGCGGGGCGCGACAGCCAGAUCGUCUACGAGAACGAGGCGGACGCGAGCCCGGACUACGUCGCCGGCAACCUCGUCGUCACGCUCUCCGAGAAGGAGCCCGAGAUCGGGCAGGACAACCCGGACCGCGUCGACGGCACCUUUUUCCGCCGCAAGGACAACGACCUCUACUGGACCGAGGUGCUCUCGCUGCGCGAGGCGUGGAUGGGCGACUGGACGCGCAACGUGACGCACCUCGACGGCCACGUCGUGCGGCUCUCGCGCGACCGGGGCGGCGUCGUGCAGCCGGGCCACGUCGAGACGGUCAAGGGCGAGGGCAUGCCCAUCUUCCACGAGGACGGCGACAGCGUGUACCACAAGACGGAGUUUGGCAACCUGUACGUCGACUACGUCGUCGUGCUGCCCGAUCAGAUGGAGAGCGGCAUGGAAAAGGAGUUUUGGAGCGUCUUCCAAAAGUGGCGGGGCAAGGUCGGCGUCGACUUGCAUAAGGAUAGCGGACGACCAGAGAAGCCUCCGGUGCACGACGAAUUAUGAUGAAAGAAAAAAAAGAGAGAGAAGAUGAUGCCCCGUAGAUGAACUGUGUGAUACUAGAAAUAGAAAGGCC